AAAAAAAAAAAAAAAUAAGAUUACGAUAAGAAUACGAUUUCUCAUGGAGAAAUUAAUUUUCUGUAUCAUUGAUUUUAUACAUCAUCAUCAAAAUAGAUAGCAUGCUUGUAUAAACAAAUUUCAUCGUAUCAAAUAUCCAUAUUUCUUAUAAAACCGUUUCGAAACAUGUGUUCCACGAUCUAAUUCUUUUACUUUACCGAUCGAGAGAUGUUGAGUAAUUUGCAUGCCAGAAAUCUGUCUUGUAAAAAAACGAUGAGAGAAAAAUUUUUCGAAGCAAACUAGCACGAUCAUCACGAGAGGAGAAGAAAUUAGCGUUUCUUUCGCAAUAGCAUGGCUCAAUUUUGGAAGAUGCUGAAGGAUUUGGAGGACGGGCCACCAUUUUUGUGUCCGAAAUGCGGUCGUACUUAUUCCCACAAGUGCAACUUAACGAGACAUUUACGAUUGGAAUGCGGUGUCGGGCCAAGAUUUCAAUGCGCCUGGUGCAAGAAACGAUUCAAGCAUCGACAUCAUCUGAGGGACCAUCAGAGAAUCCAUCUUUACUCGAAUUGCACAUUUGAACUGCGAAAUUGAGAUACUU